ACCCGAUAUCUCUUGAUCUGGCUUCUGUCAAUCUCUGGCAUGUCCAAUCCGAACGACUACACCAUCCUCUGGCUCUGCGCACUCACAACAGAGUAUGUAGCUGCGCAGACUUUUCUUGAUGUGGAACAUUCGAAACCUGAAGCGGGUUCAAUCGCGAUCAGCGACACAAAUGUUUAUACGUUGGGCUGUAUUUCUGGCCACAACGUGGUACUGGCGGUGCUUCCUAAGGGCGAAUAUGGCGUCGGCUCUGCCGCCAGUGUCAUCACCAAUAUCCUUCGAUCAUUUGCCAAUAUCCGGGUCGGUCUCAUGGUCGGUAUCGGCGGUGGCGCUCCUACCGAAACCAACGACAUACGUUUAGGCGAUGUCGUCGUCAGCUCACCCAAGGACGGCUAUGGUGGAGUAUAUCACUACGACCUAGGUAAAGAAGUACAAGACUCCGGAUUCAGGCAAACUGGCUUCCUAGAUCAGCCACCAACAGUGGUCCGCACUGCGGUCUCUGCGCUCGAAUCAAAGCACAUUCGCAAAGGACAUCAUAUCAUCGAGAACAUCGAGGCCGCUUUGGAAGAGAACCCGCGCCUCAAGAGAAGAGGUUAUGCUUGUCCGGCUCCAGAAAGCGACCGACUGUACAAGGCCGAUGUAGUACAUUCUACAUCUGAGGAGAGUUGUGAUACAUGCUGCGGAACAGAGCCUACCAAGUUGAUAACACGUCAGUCAAGAGACAAGCAUGAUGAUAACCCUGCUAUCCACUAUGGUCUCAUAGGCUCGGGAAACAAGGUCAUCAGGGAUGCCACCUUGAGAAACAAGCUCGCGCGCGAAGAAGGGGUCUUGUGUUUUGAUAUGGAGGCUGCUGGCAUCAUGAACCGCUUUCCUUGUUUAGUGGUUCGCGGCAUCUGUGACUACUCUGAUAGUCACAAGAACAAGGAAUGGCAGGGAUAUGCCGCAAUGACUGCAGCAGCAUACGCCAAAGAACUUCUGAUGGAGAUUCCAUCUGAAGGGGUCGAACGAGAGGAACGACUUGCGGAAGCCAUUGAACGACGUGGACAUCAAGUGUCAAGUGACGUCCAAACCGUAGCUGCGUCAGUGGAGCAGAUCAAAAUUACCAACGCAUCAAAUGCAGUCACUGAAUGGUUGAAAGCUGCAGGUUCUUCCGUCAACUACAUAAGAGCGAUUGAAACACACCGCACUGGUACAGGUGAAUGGUUUCUUCGUGGUGCCGACCUUCAAAUGUGGAAGACCCAGAUCAAGUCUUUUCUUUGGCUUCAUGGCCUGUCAGGAUGCGGCAAAACAAUUCUAAGCGCGGCGAUCAUUGAAGAUCUUCUCGGCGAACAAGACCAUCCGACCAUCUACUUCUACUUCGAUUUCACCGACACAAACAAGCAGCACUACAAGGACAUGCUACGAUCUCUCUUGCUACAGCUUUAUCAUAAGUCGCCUAUAGCUCAAACAAUCAUACAGGACUGCUACAAUUCUCACGAACAGGGACGUCGGCAACCAACUUUGGACCGGUUGAAAGACACGCUAGAUUCUGUACUCGAGCAGUUGCAGGGUGUGAACAUCGUUCUUGAUGCGUUAGAUGAAGCAGAUUCAAUUUACGAGAUCGUACAGUGGUGCCGGAGCACUGAUAGCGCAGAGGCCUUGGAAGUGCGUCUGCUCGUCACCUCUCGAACACAAGUAGUGAAUUGGUCUCACGAGGAGGACAUUAUCCCUCUCCCACUCCAAGGUCUUGACGAAGACAUCAAGUUCUAUACUCGGCGUAGACUGCACGGCGAAGAGUUUGCGCACUGGGAAAGCCAGGAGAUGCUCCGACAUGAAAUUGAGACCACGAUAUGCGAGAAGGCUGGAGGCAUCAAGGNNUUCCGAUGGGCAGCCCUGCAAUUGGACACCCUGCGGGAAUGUCGCAACAGACCUGCCAUCGAGCGAGCUCUUCGAGAUCUGCCAAAAACGCUGAAUGAGACUUACGCACGCAUCUUGACUUCGAUCAAAACAUCUCCGUAUUGCCGAGAGGUUGUCCUUAUCUUGCAGAUGUUACUGUGGUGCGAUCACCCUCCUACACUUGAGGCAUGCGGCGAUGCCAUCGUUGUGCAACCAGAACAACAGCUAGGCUUCUCUGCGAACGAUAGAUUCUUUGAUACCCGUGACAUUGUCAAUAUAUGCUCUGGCUUAGUGUCGACAACUGGCUCCUACGUCCAGUUCCUGCAGCUAGCUCAUGCUUCCANNGUCCGGGAGUAUCUUUUGUCUGAGGAGGUUAUCCAGCCUUUCAAAUCUCAGCUCGCAGAGACAGCUGCAAGGUCGGACCUUCUACACAUGUGUCGUACGACCUUAUGUUGUGUCGACUGGAGCAGAGCA